AUGGGACCAUUUCCAUCGUCAAAUGGUCAUAAAUACAUUCUGUUGGUUGUCGACUAUGUUUCCAAAUGGAUUGAACCGGUUUCAUGCAUUGCAAACGAUGCGGCAACAGUCUCCAAGUUCUUACAGAGAAACAUCUUCACUGGUUUUGGCACUCUACAUACCAUAGUAAGUGACGAAGGGACCCACUUUGUGAAUCGUAUCAUUAACAAACUACUGAUCAAAUACAAUUUCUACCAUAUGAUCGCCACCGCAUAUGACCCCCAGAAAAACAGACAAGUCGAGGGUCCUAACAAAGAAAUCAAGUCGGUUUUAGAGAAGAUGGUGAAUCCAUCGCGAAAGGAUUGGGCCAUGAAGCUUGACGAUGCAUUGUGGGCAUAUAGGAUUGACUAUCAAAUACCCAUAGGCAUGUCACCAUAUGCAUUGGUGUUUGGGAAGGCUUGUCAUCUACCGUUGGAAUUGGAGUAUAAGGAGUUGUGGGCAAUUAAAAAGCUUAACUUUUAUCUGAAUGCUACAGGGGAAGAGAGAAAACAUCAGCUACUAGAGCUAGACGAAUGGAGACUGCAGGCGUAUGAGAAUGCCAAAAUUUACAAAGAAUGGACGAAGCAAUGA